GUACGAGCAUCGCCACGCCAUUCGUCACCGGUACAGCGGCUUUGUACCUGAGCCAGUUUCCGGGGGCCACCUCAGCACGUGUUAGGGCCGCUAUUCUGGAUAAUGCCAUAACUGGGGUACCCAAAGCAGGGAACAAGCUGGUGCAUGCGGUUUGGGGUACUCCUCCGGGCUACAGGGUGUG